CAGGAAUCUGCCCCCACCGCUGCCUCCACGGCUCGACUGGUUCGUGCAUACCCAGGCUGGCGAGCUGGCCCAAGGUGGCAUCCCUGAAUGGUUCCAUGGUGCCAUCUCUAGAGACCCUGAGAGUGAGGAGUUACUUUACUCUUGAAGAAGCUGAGAAUCAGAGAGCGGCAGAGCUUCGCCCAGGGUCACACAGCUAACUGAACAGCCGAGCCGAGUGUUGAACCCAAAUGCAUCCGAGGGGCAGAUCCUGCUUUACUACCGGUGACACCUUGAUCUACCCAAAGAUCCAUUAAUAGAGGGACUUCAGGCACUGAAAAGGCAGACAGGGGAUAUAGGAGGUAGGAAGAAGUCCACUCUGGGGUGGAAGAAGGACUUCAGAGGCCUCCUGCCACCUCUUGGGGGGACAUCCCUGUCCCUGGACAUCCCAAGGUCUGAAGCCACCGAGAAAAAGUGCUUUUAGGUUGUUUGUUCAUUUAGAGGAGUCCCUGGGUGGUACAAACAGUGAACAUGCUCAGCUGCUAACCAAAAGGCUGGUGGUUUGAGUCCACCCAGAGGUGCCUUGGAAGAAAGGCCUGGAGAUCUACUUCUGAAAAAUCAGCCAUUGGAAGCCCUAUGGAGCACAUUGCUACUCUGACACGUAUGGGUUCGCAUGAGCUGGAGAUGACUUGAUGGCAACUGGCUUGGCUUCACCUUUCAUGGUGCAGGGUUGGAGGGGUGUCAGUCCUGGGGUGACAGGUGCACCCGGAGUCUGGCCUGGGAGCUGGGUGGCUGGACUAUGGCGAUUUCCCUCCUGUGUGUGCCCUUCCAGGGCUGCCGAGAACUUAUUGGAGCCACAGCCACCAGGAUCCUUUCUCAUCAGGGUCAGUCACAGCCAUGUGGGCUACACGCUCUCCUACAAGGCCCACGGCUGCUGCCGGCACUUCAUGGUGAAGCUCCUGGACGACGGGAGCGUUGUGAUCCCUGGGGAGAACGCAGCCCACGCCUCGCUGGACGCCCUGGUCACCUUCUACCAGCAGGAGCCGAUGCGGCCAUAUGGGGAGCUGCUGACCCAGCCCUGUGGGCAGGAGGAUCUGGCAAACGUGGACUAUGAGGAUCUUUUCCUUUACUCCAACACAUUGGGCGAAGAAGCCGCCAGCCCCACCCAUGACCCCAGACGGCACCAGGGGCUCUCCCCUUGCCAGGCAGCCACACCUGAAGAGACUGUGAGCUCCGGGAAGACUGAGAAUCCAUCUGGCUUGUUCACCACUGCGUCCCCCGCCCCUCCAAGAGGAUCUGACACAUCGAAGGCCUCACUAAAGCCAGUCCUGCUCCGCUGGCCAAAGGAAAGGAAGCCUUCAGCAGAGAUGGACAGAGCAUCCCUGGAGAGCACCGCCUCCUCCUGCCCCACGAAAGCCCCUUUCGGGGUCACCCGCCAGAAACUCUGGAAGAGCCUCAAGACACUCCCCCAAACGGGCAAGAGGGUCCAGCAGCAGCUGAAAUCCCACCUGGCAGCCGUGAGUUUGCCAUUGCUCUCAGAUACCAGGUGGUCCACAACAACUCACAGCUCGGGGGCCAGGGCAAGCAGCCAUGAGGAUGCGGGUGCUACGAACUGGGAGGACGACGCCUAUACCGACUCCUUUGAGGGGUCCCAGGCACCCUGCGAACCCCCCAGAGACAGAAAUGCCCUUUCCAGAGAGGCCCUGAGGUCAGUCAGCUGGAGCAGAGUUUCCCCAGGGGACAGAGGUCUGCACCAAGCGGUAGCGAGGUCUCAAUCACAGCAGGUAUCCAAGCAGGACACGAGGGGCUUGGUAGAACCCCAGGACUGGCUCCCCGAAGAAUACCUCCCACCACCGCCGUUUGCCCCUGGAUACUGCUAGAGAAGGGUCCACCUGGCUCUGGGACCCUCAUGCCAGUGGCUGCCCACCUUUGAACCACCUUGCUCACUGCCACUGCACCAGCCAGCCCAUAGGAACCUGGGAAUGAAAUAAAGAUGUUUCUUGGAUCUGGUCGUGCGCUUGAAAAUGACCUGGUUAUUUUAAUCGUCACCAUCAGAGUACCAGCAAUGGUGUGGGGCGCCUACUCUGUGCCUGGCCUCUGAGUUUGCUAAUGCUUUUAUGCUCCUGAGCAGGCCCACCAGGUAAGCCCAUUCUCUGCAUUUUUGAGGGGAGACUGAGGCUUGGGGAGGAGAAGAGGCAUGCCAAGUUCCUUCCUCACAUCAUCUGUUCUCUGGUCUAAAAUCACAUAGCAGGAACUCUUGCCAGCCAGGGCUGCACCUGAGCUCAAUGCCAAGUAUGUCUGUACCUGUAAAUGGGCCCUUCUUCUCGGGUCCUGUGCAGGGGAAAGAGGUGAGGUGUGUUGACUGCUUGGCACACAGCAAGUGCUCUGGGCAUCAUUAGUGUCAGUAUUAAGAGACACAUAAGAGCCCCUUUCCUUUAACAAGGGAGGAGGCAGCAGUGUUGUGUGGGGACAGGCUCUGGAGGGAAUCCUGAUUGUGGUGCUGUGUGACCUUUGGGGAAGUGCUGGACCUCUCUGUGCCUCAGUUUCCUCAUCUUGGAGAAAUUGGUGAUAAGAUCAGUCCUUCCUUUGCAGGGUGAACUGGCAGGAUAUGUGUAAAACCUGGGGCUUUGGUGCAUAGGAGGUGUUAUGGCUUGAAUUGUGUCCCCCAAAAGAUUUGUCAAAGUCCUAAACCCUGUUUGAAAAUAUGGUUUUCCUUUUGUUAUGUUAAUGAGGUCAUGCCAUAGCAAGGUGGGUUCUAUACCUAAUCUCUUCUGAGUGGUGUCCUAUGAAAAGGGAAAACAGGAAUAGACACACACACAGAGGGGGACGUGUGAAGACGGAGGCAGAUGCAUCUGUAAGCAGCAAAGUCACGCCAAGGAUUGCAGCAGCCGCUGGCAACGAGGAGAGAGGCCUACAGAAGGAAUUGACAUGGCCAAGACCCUGAUUUGGACUCAGCCUCUAGAGCUGUGAGACAAUAAAUUCCUGUUCCUUCAAGCCACUCACUCAUACUUUGUCACGGCAGCCCUACGAGAUUAAGACAAACCAAAACCAUACCCGUUGCCAUCGAGUGGACUCCAAACUCAUGGCGAUUUUACGUGUUACAGAGUAGAACUGAGCGCCAGAGGGUUUUCUUGGCUGUAAUCUUUACAGAAGGAGGUUGCCAAGCCUUUCUUCCAUGGUGCCCACUGGAUGGGUUUGAACUGCCAACCUUUCAGUUAGUAGUGGAGCACAAGCUGUUUGCGCCACCCAGAGAAUUAGGAAACUAAGACAGUAGGUGCUUAGUGAAUUAAGAGAGUAGGUGCUUCAUAAAUGAGGGUAGGGUGGGAGAGAGCAUUCUAGAAAUGGCACACAAUUGGGGUGUCUGGGAAGGUCUCUGGGGGCUGGUCUCAGUUGCAGAAAUGACCAUUUCUUGGACCAGCUGGAACCAUACACAGGACUCCCAGGGUGAUCAUGGGCGGAGUGGGUGUUGGGCUUCCCAAAUUCACAAGGUGUAGUGAUCUGAGAGUUCCUUUGGGUGGCACAAAUGGUUUGCGCUCAACUACUAACUGAAAGGUUGGUGGUUCGAACCCAUUCAGUAGUGCUGCAGAAGAAAGGCCUGACGACCUACUUCCGUGGAUAUUACAGCCAAGAAGAUCCUAUGGAGCUCAGUUUCACUCUGUAACACAUGGGGUCGCCAUGAGUUGGGGUCCCUCAAGGGCAACAGGUUUGGUUUGGGCUUAGUGGUCUGGGAUCUGGAGCGAGGUGGGCCUGGGUUCAAGUCCUGCUGCUGCAAAUGACUUGCAGCACGCCUUUGGGUGUGGCUGCUCCUCCACCAACCCUGCAGUAUGUCAUAGAUUCAGUUUCUUCAUAAACUGUGACUUGCUGUACCUGUUUCAGCGAAUGACAUUCCCACCACUUCUGCAGAGACCUCCCCUAGCAGCUCGAGUGAAUCAGUAUAAAGGUUUUGGUCUCUUGGAAGGACUCGAGGAUUGAGAGAAAAGAAAGAGGGGGCUUAAGCUUUCAGGGGUGGGGUUCCAGCCUUGAGGGAUCCAGCAGGGAGGAUAGUGUGAGCCUGAUCUUAGUGCCUUAUCUGUGUCCACAGAGACCUGUAGCCAGGCUCUUCCAACCCUCACAGUAGAGCGAUACCUAGAAGUAAUACACCCAGCCCCUUCCUUGUACAUAUGGGGCAAUCAAGGACCAGAGAGGGUGUGUCCACACACAGGGUCACAUAGCAAGGGCAGGGGUGAGAAUCCAGUCUCCUCCUUCCCACCUGCCAGGUUGAGUCCUCGCAGCAGGCGUGACUCAGUAACACAUAUUUAUUCCUGGAGCCCAGAAACCAGAGUCCACUGUUGGGUGGGGGCACCCCGCCCUCGUCAGCCUGGCCCUUCCUUCAGCCCAUCUCAGAUUCGGAUGUGGAAGGUGCUGUGUGCAAAGGGAACAGCAGUCAGUGUCUCAGGCAGAGUAACCUCCACUUGCCCUCCUCCCCAACACUCCUGCCAAGGGCCCCAAGUCAGGCAGGAAGCUGCAUGGGGUGAUGGGAGAUGAACCCCUCAAGGAGCCCUAGACUGAGACCCUCCAAACCCCACAGGGAUGCAGAGCAUAAUUUUUGGGUCAGAGUUUGCAUCACGGCUCUACCCCAAAAUUGCUGUGGAACUCUGAGCAAGUGGCUCUCCCUCUCUGGGCCUCAGUUUACUCCUCUGUAGAAGGGGGAUAUCCACCGUCCCUCCUUCAUAGGGCCGUGAAAGAGGGCUAAGGGGAAAAGGCACAGGGCAGACACAGAAGGUGUCCGUCAGUGGUAGGGACUUCCUCCUGCUAGCAUGAGUUGUGGAGUCCCUGGGUGAUGCAAACAGUGAAUAUGUUCGGCUGCUAACCAGAGGUACCUUGGAAGAAAGGCCUGGCAAUCUACUUCCAAAACAUCAGCCUUUGAAAAUCUGUGGAGCACGGUUCUACUCUGCCACACAUAGAGUCACCAUGAGUCACAGUUGACUCGAUGGCAACUAGUGGUUUUUUUUUUUUUUCCCAGCUCAUGCACAGGGCAAACCAAUAAUAACAGCAACAACAGUAACGAGAACAUGCACUUAUUGAGCACCUACUGUGUGUUAGGCGCUGCUUUAAAUUCUUUCUGUAUGUUAACUCAGAGGUUGGCAAACUUUUUCUGUAAAGGGCCAGGUAGUAAAUAUUUUUGGCUCUGCGGGCCCUAUGGUCCCUGUUGCAACCACUCAGCUUUCAGUGAAUGAAGAAACUCAAACAGAGCUCGUGAACUGCCUCCGUAUAUGGUAGGGGACCCGGGCUGGGGCGGCACCUGAGAAAGUCGGGUGCCCGCAGGAUCAUGUUCUGAAAGUCUUCCAGGGACAGCCGCCCAUCGUGGUCCCCGUCUGCCUCGUCCAGCACCUUCUCGCACACCAGGCUCACCUCCUCAGCACUGAGCUCCCCCCGUGUCAGCCUGGUCACCAUCUGCUCCAGGUCCCACGUGCAGAUGUAAUCAUCGUUGUUGAAGUCUGUGGGGUGGGACAGGUGGGGCAGCGGGCAGGCUGGGCUGGCACGAGCACGUCUUAUCCCAUUUUACAGAGGGGGAAACUGAGGCACCAGGCAGUCACUCGGGACCCUGGGGCAGAAUCUGGGUCUUGCUUUGGGAUUAGCCAGGGACAGUUUAACAAGUAUUUGUUGAACGCCUAUUAUGUGCCAGGCACUGUGAUGACUGUUUUCAUUAAUUCAUCUAACAAGUAUUUAUUGAGCACCAACCUAUUAGUGCCAGGCACUGCAGCAACUGUUUUUCACUCAUUCAUUCAUUCACUCACUCAACAAGCAUUUAUUCAUUCAAUGUGAAUAUGAGUAUCAAAAUAGGCAUGUACUAUGUGCUGGGCACUGUGGUGACUUUAUUUCAUUCAUUCAUUCACUCACUCUUUUGUUCACUCCACAGGCAUUCAUUCUUUCCCAGCUAUUUAUUGAGCACCUACUAUGCACCAGGCAGUUCUUUUCAUCUUUCAUUCAUUAAUUUAUUCAUUCAUUCACUCAACAAGCAUUCAUUCAUUCAGUAUUUAUUGAGUACCUACUAUGUACCAGGCACUGCAAUAAUUGCUUUUCAUUUGUUCAUCCGUUCAACAAAUACUUAUUGAGCUCCUGCUGUGUGCCAGGUAUGGGGGGACAGAUGACGGACGAGACAGACACAUCGCUGCCCUCGGGCCUCAUCAGACAGAAAGUCGCUAAGAAGUGAACAGAUUAAUGAACAAGCCAUUAACUAGCCUUGCUCUGUGCCAAGAGAGAAAUAGGAUCAUAGGGUGGAGCAUGACUGGCAUGGGGGCUACUUUUGACAGGAGACACUGGGGAAGACCCUCUGAGGAGGGACCAUUGAGCCUUCAAGGACAGGAAGGGGCCAGGACAAAGGUGUCCCAGGAAGAACCCCAGUAGAGGCAAAGGCCUGGAGGCAGGCGUACUUUGGAGGCCAGUGUGGCUGGAAUGGAGGGAGUAAGGGGUGAGGUCUGGAGGUACCAGGGUGGGGGCAGCGGGCAGGGGAGACACUUGUGAUGGCAGAACAGCCCUGCCUGCAGACCCAGCUUCAUCCCAUCCCUCCCCACGCUCCCUGCCCUGGGGGCUGUGCACACACCGUAAAUCUUAAAAGCGUAGUAGGCUUUGAGGUCACGGGGAGCCAUCUCGCUCAUCACAGAGAACAUGUCCAGGAAGUUGUCAAAAGUCAUGUGUCCGUCGCCAUCCUCAGAGAAGACCUGGGCAAUCCUCUGGCGGAAAGGGUUGUCCUGGGGAUAGGAGGGAACCAGGGUCUCCAGGGGGCCACGUGGUCUCACUCUAAGCAUCCACCUUCCCGGGAACUUCCACGUGUUCCCCCACCAAUGUUCACUCCCUCCCACGGUCCCUGGAGAGGACUUCAGGCAACUUCACCCUCUACCUGUGUGGUCUGGGCAGUGUUGACCCACUUCUGGUUCCAGGGGUAGUACAGGACCCAGGGAAGGCCAAUCAGAGCAUUCCCUUUACCCGGCCACCAUGAUUGGCUCUGGGGUAGGCAUGUGACCCAGACUGGCCAAUGAAAGCCUGCCCUGGGACAUUCUCAGGAAAAUAGGGAUGGAUGGCUGCUUUCUGAUGGUUGCAGAGCUGGCAGAGGAUAGCAUGGUUCACGGGGCAGGGGGCUCCCCUCACUAUCUCAAGAGGAGAGGCUGAUUGAAACUAAAGUCUCCUGGCAGGAAAGCAGCCAAGAAGUGGGAGGAGAUUUCCAGGCACAUCAAGAUCCUGGUUCCAGCAGUACCUGAAAGUAGCCCUGCCCUGGAUUAUUUUUGUUUGCAUAAACUGAUCUGUUCUGUCUCUCUUGAAUGAGGUUUCUGUCACUUGUAAUCAAAUAAUCUCAACUCAGUCAGUUACUAACCAUACAACCCCCGUUCAGAGGCACAAAUCAUGGGUGAAACAUCCACCUGAGAAGGACCUGCCUUUAACAGCUCUUUACUAUGAAAAGACCACCAUCUGUCAGUCACUUUGUUGUACUGUGGUGGCUUGUGUGUUGCUAUGAUGCUGGAAGUUAUGCCACUGGUAUUUCUAAUACCAGAAGGGUCACUCAUGGUGGACAUGUUUCAGCAGCACUUCCAAACUAAGACAGACUAGGAAGAAAGACCUGGCAAUCUACUUCUGAAACUUAGCCAACAAAAACUCUAUGAAUCACAGCAGAAUAUUGUCUAAUAUAUUGCUAGAAGAGGAGCCCACUAAGUUGGAAGGCACUUGACCACAACAAUGGAUUCAAGCAUACCAACAGUCGUGAAGAUGGCACAGGAUCAGGUAACGUUUCAUUCUGUUGUGCUUGGGUCGCCAUGAGUUGGGGGCUGAGUCAAUGGCAACUAACAACAACAGCAACUCUAAAAAGAACUAACAUUCCCUGACCACUUGCCACACAACACGCCCUUUACCUGUGUUAUCUCAUUCCAUUCUCCCAACAAUCCUGAGUUUGAAUCCUGUCUCUGCCACUCUAUGCUGUGGGACUUUGAACAAAUGUCUUGCCCUCUCUGAGCCUCAGUGUCCACGUUUGUAAAAAGGAGGUCAUUGUAGCACCCACCUCACAGGAAUGUGUUACGGUACAUCCUACUAUUUUUUUUUCCCUGCUUGCCCUCUGGCCUGGGCAUACCUUCAGCUCAGGCAUGCUGCCAAUGAGCUCAUAGGGCACCUUCACGUCAGGGUAGCUGGUAUAGUCGAGAGGGAUGAGCUGGGGAGCCAGGUCCUGGUAGCGGUAGAAGAGCCUAGUGUUGGAGGGAAACAGCAGGAAGGGCUGGGAGGUAGGAAGGGACAUAGAACUCCAUCCUCCUCUCUCAUUAUUGAAACUACACACCCCACCUUGAAGAAUGCUCUGCCCCCUGCCCCCCCAAGGGCCAUCAGCCCUGGACCCAGCCCUUGAGCAGUCGGAGCCAGACACACACAACUCCACCUGCCUAGCACUACCUAGAUUCUGAGGCCAGCUCGCCACUCAGUGCCCUCACCUGGUGAUGCCAUACUGUCAUUGGGCAUGCUGGGCAGCAGCCUUGUAGAAAUCAUCCUUCAUGAGCCUGGGGCCCCCAAGCUUCUAGCAACUAUCUGUUAGGGGACACAAAAGCCCCUGAUGGCUAGGUUCCCAGGCCUAGGGGAGCCUGGAGUGUGAGAAACAUUCCAGGGAGUAGGAAGGGCUUCCUGGAGGUCAGGGCAUUGGUGCUGAGCUUUGAAGUGAGAAUAGGAGUUUACCAGGCAGAUGGGAUUGGCAGAAGGGAGGGUGUUUAAAUCCUGAUUUCACACCAAGCAUUCAGAGAAUCCGAGUUCAUCUAUGAAUCUCUGGACAUGUCACAGUGUCUGCAAGACCCUGCUUCUGAAGACCCCCAUCUACAUACCUUCCUUUCCUUCUUCUGUAACAGCAGGCUGGGUUCCCCCAACAGAGCAUAGCAGAGCAGAGCAGAGCAGAGAAAAAGGGCUCAUGUGACCUUUCUCAAAAGAGCACAAGAAAGGCAUUUUGGAAAACACCAGUGGAGGCCACAUACACUGCCUCAGUUGUAAGACCAGCUCUCCACUCAGUGCCCUCACCUGGUGAUGCCAUACCUUCAUUGGGGCAUACUGAGCAACAGCCUUCCAAAGGCCAUCCUUGUUGAGUCUGGGGUCCCCAAGGCUCUAGCAACUGUCUCUUAGAGGGCACAGAGCCCCCUGGGUCAUAUAAUGAUUAGGAACUCACUGUGGGGGAGGUUUGAAACUUCAGUCCUAACCACCUAGACCCCUGCCUGUGUCCCUUCAGGGGACAGGCUGGGUUGGGGUUGCUGUGUGGCCUUGAGCAGGACUCUCUCCCCCUCUGGGCCUUGGUUAGUCGGUCCAAAAAAAGAGAUGCUUGGGGCAAAUGAACUGUUGGCCCUCUGCCCCUCUGCCCUGGGACUCAGAGUCAGCCCUAGCUAAGCCUCAGUUUCCCCAUCAGUAAUCUGAUCAUGAUGGCCAGGGUGACCUGCGAGCUGUCCUCACCCAGACAAUGGGACUUGCUGGCGAAAGGUGCUGCCAUCAAUAAUGGAUGUCCGUGCCCACACAGUUGAGGCCUUGGCCCCGAUCAUGCUGCAGCCAAACCCUGGCCAGCUUGGGUUUCACAGCUCCAAGUUCAUGGUCAGGGCCUCCAGACAAUGGCCCCCCAGGCUGAGUGGUGACAUGCCUGUACACCCUGGGCUCAUGCCAGAGCCCUGCCUCAGGCUUGGGCCACCUCCCUGCUCUUGCACCUUGAUGCCAACCCAUAGCCCAGACCUGGCUCUGGCGUCCUGCUGGAGCUCCCAGCCUCCAGUCUCAGCCUCCACACACUGGCCUCCGAGGAGUCUUUCUUACACACUAACCGACCAUGUCUUCUCCUGCUGUGGCUCCCCGGCACCCUUGGGAGAAGCCCAAGCCCACCAGCCUGGAAGCCACUGUAACAUGAUGAGAUGGGACUUCUCAGCCUCCCCCCUCUGCCUCCUCCACUGACCAUGCCUCCACCAGCCACCCCACAUCAGCACUUUAACCUUGACGCAAAGCAUCAAGCCAGUCAAAUUACAAAUAUCCUCCAGAAGUGAGUAGUAAGUUGUUUCCAGGUCAUAAGUGCUAAUAUGACAAGAUGCAACUUCUCGGCCUCCCCUUCUCCGCCUCCAUCCCCUGACCGUGCCUGUGCCACCCCCUCCCCACCAUUAGCACUUUAACCUUGACAAUGAGCCUGUCAAAUUCCAAAUCUCCUCCAGAAUGAACAGAAAGGCGUUUCUAUGUCUUCCCUCCUUCCUCACCAGACUGACCUCAUGAUCUCCUUCCUCGUGAAUAAGGUGCAGUCCUGUGGAGAGAGAUGCUGGCUCGGCCCAGACCCUACUUCUGGGACUCACUUUCUCUUCUGCCAGCUCUCACCCCUCUGUGUCGGAUGCUGCACCCAGAGCCGCACCAUGAACCCAGGACGCGAGGAUGCUGUCCCCAUGUCUCAGGCCAGAGAACUGAGGCUGCCAAGCCCACCACGGGCCCAGCCCACUCCCUACCUGGUAGGCUUCCAACUGCUCAUGACUGAA